CUGUCUGGAGCGCGCGACCUCCAUCCGGUCCAGCAGCUCCGUGCCGACGUCACCACAUUCCACUCGACGCGAUGGAUCAGCGUGUGUAGACGUAAAGGUGGCCUCGGAAGACACUGCCAGAAACGUGUAAGCUGGGUGGUUAAAGGUCUGUGCUGUAGGGGAAAUCAGAGCUGCAAGAUGAGGGAAGCGUGUGUGCUGGUGUGUCUCCUGCUGAGCUUCAGCCAGGCAGCCAGGCAAGGACAGGACAUCAAAUGUGGAGCCUGCAGGGCUCUGGUAGAUGAGAUGGAAUGGGACAUCUCCCAAAUAGACCCAAAGAAAAUGAUCCAGACGGGAUCCUUCAGGAUCAACCCGGACGGCAGCCAGUCCAUCAGAGAGGUACCUCUGGCUCGCUCAGAGGGAAAUCUUCUGGAGCUGAUGGAGUCUGUGUGUGAGCGGAUGGGGGACUACGGCGAGCGCACAGAUUCCUCCACAAACAGGAAGUCCUACAUUAGGAUAAAGUCUCGGAGUGGUGAGCCCAUGGACCUCUCAGAGGCGACGCUGGAUUCUAGAGUUACAGGCAGUUUAAAAUUUGCGUGUGAAACCAUUGUUGAGCAGUAUGAAGAUGAAGUCAUUGAAUUCUUCGCUCAUGAGAACGAAAAUAUCAAAGACAAUCUGUGCAGCAAGAGGACGGACCUCUGUGACCACACUCUGAAAUCUUCCCACGAUGAACUUUGAUGUCAUGGCUGCUGUCAUUUGCUCAGCUGAAAUGGAGACGUCUGGUGCUGUACUGUUUUACUGUUGUCUAUUUAUCACUUGUUCAUGCCAGGGCAGUAUGACAAGAUGUAUACAAAUUACGAUAUAAGAUAAUAGAAGAUCCAGCUGAAGAUACAAGUCUUGGUCCUGUGAUUUGCGGCAGGUUAAGGACCAGUUUGACACUUUUAGCUAAAUAUCUUUGGACUAUCUUGUCACUUGUUUAUAUAUUGUUAGUUACCAUACAUUUCAAUAUUCUGUGUUUAGAGAAACGCUUUUCUUGCUUUGCAUGCAGAAUUUCUUACAGGAUUUAUUGUGUAUGUUUAGUAAAUGUUCUAAUUUAAGAAAUAAUUACACAAGAUUUGGUGAAGUGGUCAUUCAGACAUAUUCAUUUACAUUGAUCAACUCUUUGAUACCAUUUUUUUUUUAAUCAAAGGAAUAACUUGCUUUGAAUGAAUAAUAUAUUAAGUUAAACUUAAGUUAAAAACCCAUUAAUUAACAUCAGAAAUGAAGAUGAUUUGAGUGGAAUUAGUUUCCCUGGUAUCCAAGAGUUGAAGUGUGCCUUUAAGUGUUUGAACAUUGAUCCUCUUUCAUUGUUAUACUAUUAUAAUACAUUAGCCCCGUGGUAUUGUCUGCUGUCGAUGUAAAACGUUUUUUUGCCAUUUCAGAAUCCGUCAAAAGUUGAAAAAAGCUAAGAAAAAUAUGAGGAAAGAAAAGCAAUUCUAAUGUUUGGUUAAACUCCAAUCACCACUUCUUCUAAAGUAUGAAGCAUCUUCCUUUACAGCCUCACCAAGGGCUUCCAUUUUUGUCAUUUUGAAUUGUAAAUGUUUGGUUUACAGAGGACAGUAAUUGUUUCUGAAAAGGUCUAUCAGGGCAGAAAAUAUAUUUAUAUCUUGGUACUAAAUAGUUUGUAGCUGUAGGAGAAGGCAAAUAAUACCUCUUGUGUUCUUUAAAUACUACAUCUGGAAUCCCACUGAAUGAUGGUAUUUUCUUUACAUUUGAGAAGUUUACUUCUUGCUAAAACUGAAGUGAAGUGUAACACCACUUGAGUGUGCUGUAGUCCACAAUCUGUUGAGUCUGAAUGAAAUAAUUACAAUCAGUUAGAAAGUCCUCAUGCUGUACUGUUGAAGUAGAAUAAAAGUAUUUUUGGUAUAAUUAA